AUAAAAAUACUUGUUUCCCACUCAUUGACAUUGUUCUAUAAAGAAAACCUUAAUAAAGAAAGAGGGAGAUGGAACAACAAAGUCAGUUACAUUAACAACGCAAACAACCCAUCUUUCAUGAAAAAAAAGUGAAUUAUUGAAUAGGUUUCAUUGAUGGAAGAAUCCAAUGAAGUGUUGUUAGAAGCUCAAUUAUCUCUUGUUGAUGGCGCUGUUGACUACAAUGGACAGCCUGCAGUUAGGUUUAAAUCUGGUUAUUGGAGAUCCGCUUGGUUUAUCAUAGGUGUGGAAGUGGCAGAGAGGGUAUCAUAUUAUGGAAUUCAAGGGAAUUUGAUAUCAUAUCUAACAGGGCCACUCAAACAGAGCACUGCAACAGCUGCUAAGAAUGUAAAUGUUUGGGCUGGAACAGCUUCUCUACUUCCUCUCUUAGGUGCUUUUGUUGCUGAUUCUUUUCUUGGACGCUAUCGCACAAUCAUACUUGCUUCUCUUAUCUAUAUCUUGGGACUAGGCUUGUUAACAUUAUCAGCUUUGCUCCCUUCACUCACAUUUUGUUCUCCUCAAUCACAAGUAAUCUUAUUCUUCAUCUCACUCUAUCUAGUUGCCAUUGGACAAGGUGGACAUAAACCUUGUGUUCAAGCUUUUGGGGCUGAUCAAUUCGAUGAAAAACAUCCAAAAGAGCACGAAGCUAGAAGCUCAUUCUUUAAUUGGUGGUAUUUUACUAUGAUUGCAGGUUGCACAGCAACACUUACGAUCUUGAACUAUAUACAAGAUAACAUUAGUUGGGUUCUUGGAUUUGGAAUCCCUUGUGUUGUAAUGAUCAUCGCUUUGAUUGUUUUUUUGCUUGGAACAAGGACAUAUAGGUUUAACAUUAAGGUUAAUGACAAGAGUCCCUUUAUUAGAAUUGGUCGUGUAUUUGUCGCGGCUAUAAGAAAUUGGCGAAAUAGCUUAUCAACAACGGAUUUUGAAGAAGAAUGUGAUGGGCUACUUCGCCGUCAAAGUUCUGAACAAUUCAACUUCCUCAACAAGGCAUUGUUAACACCAAAGGGAUCCAAAGAAGAUGAAACUUGUAGCCGUAGUGAGGUUGAAGAAGCAAAGGCUGUUCUAAGGUUGGUUCCAAUUUGGACUUCAACUUUGGUUUAUGGUAUUGUCUUUGCUCAAGUUUUUACAUUCUUCACCAAGCAAGGGACUUCAAUGGAGAGAACAAUAUUUCCUGGAUUUGACAUACCUCCCUCUUCGCUUCAAACAAUAAAAUGGCUUGCAAUUGUUCUCUUCUGCCCUAUCUAUGAGCACAUAUUCGUGCCACUAGCAAGAGUUAUAACUGGAAAGCCCUCAGGUAUCACAAUGCUUCAAAGAAUUGGCACUGGAAUUUUUAUAUCAAUAUUCAUGGUAGUAUUUGCAGCCUUUGUUGAGACUAAAAGAUUAAAAAUAGCACAAAAAUAUGGUCUUGUUGAUGAUCCUAAUGCAACUGUACCAAUGAGUAUAUGGUGGUUGGUUCCUCAAUACUUUUUGUUUGGAGUUUCUGAGGUUUUUACAAUGGUUGGUCUUCAGGAAUUUUUCUAUGAUCAAGUCCCAAAUGAACUAAGAAGCAUGGGACUGGCACUCUAUUUGAGUAUUGUUGGUGUUGGAAGCUUUCUAAGUGGCUUUCUCAUUUCAUUGAUAGAACAUUUUAGUGGCAAAGAUGGACAUGAAACUUGGUUUUGUGACAAUAUCAAUAAGGCACAUUUUGAUUACUUUUAUUGGUUGCUUGCUGGAUUAAGUGUGAUGGGGUUUACUUUGUACAUUUACUUUGCAAAAUCUUACAUUUAUAAUCACAAAGGCACUAUCACACAAGGAUAGCCAUUGAUUUGUUUUUGUUUUUAUCAAAGGAUUGUUAUUGAUUAUUUUUUGUAUUAUGCAUAUUUGUAUUGUGGAGCAGUUUGGUUUUGUAUUAUACAUAUGUAUAUAGAAGAGCAGUUUAGUCAUCAGCUAUAAACUACCAGUUAUCCGUUAUUUUUAUCAAACAGAGCCAAUGAAUGAUAAUAGAGUAAGUUUAAUGGUGUUA